GAGACGAGAGGAUCCAGACACAAUAAGAAUAAAAGGAAGACAAAGAGAGGAGGAGAGGGGAGUGAGAGACCAUGCUGAGGAGGAAGAGGAGGUGUCGUUCGGAGGCUUCGGAUGGAUCGAUAAGUCGACAGUCAGCGCUCUGAGAGCUCGUAAACAGGAGCUCCUGAGCGCCUCCAAUGUUCCCGACAGAGACUGCCCCCCCUCUCCGCCCCGCACCGCACCCCCCACCAUGAAGUCGGCUCAUUUCUUUGACAUGAUGGACAAGAUGGAGCAGGUGCCAGAAGCUGCCGAGAUGAAGACAGUCCCUCAGAGACAGAAGGACGACUACAUUCCUUAUCCGAGGAUCGAGGAGGUGUUGGAGCGGGGGCCGCCGUACCCUCAGGUCAUCCUGCCGGAGUUCGGAGGUUACUGGAUUGAGGAUCCUGAGGCCCCUCCACCUCCUGCGCCUCCUCCCACCUCCCUGCAGAUCAGAGGGGAGGAGGAGGACGGGGCCCCGGGGGAUUAUGGGUACAGACUGGAGGAGAUCAAUGAGGCAGCGCGGGCGUACAGGAAGCACUUCCUGGGCAGGGAACAUUUGAACUUCUCCUGCUCCUCCAGCAGUGUUGGAAACCUCCUGCUGUCUGUGAGACAUGAGGAGGAGAAGGAGCAGGAGUCCCUUCACGUUAUCAUCAGGUCUCGGGUGAAAAGCGUCUACCACAGAUUGUCCCUGACCGAGCUGCAUGACAUCCCCAGUGUACCGGAGCUCGCCAAGUCCACGGUCGCCAUCUUCUCUUCGCCAGUAAACGGGCGGAGAUCGACGGCGAGGCGACGGCAGAAAUUACCCGAAACCGGGCGGUACAACGAACCGAGUCGGUCCGAAGCGUUAGCCGAUGAGUUGAUGGACUGCCUGCUGAUCAAUGGUUAUGGUAUCGAUCAGGCUCGCGUAGUCCACGGUCGCCAUCUUCUCUUCGCCAGUAAACGGGCGGAGAUCGACGGCGAGGCGACGGCAGAAAUUACCCGAAACCGGGCGGUACAACGAACCGAGUCGGUCCGAAGCGUUAGCCGAUGA